AUGGGGCAACAACUAACUAUCCCCCUAAGUUUGAAUUUAGAUAACUGGAGAGAUGUCCUUGCCCAGGCUCACAACGCCUCUCUGGAAGUCAAGAAAAAGAAAUGGAUUAUCUUCUGUUCCUCGGAAUGGCCAGCCUUUGAGGUCGGCUGGCCGGGGGACAGGACUUUUAACAUUGAUGUCAUUCCACAGGUGAAAGCUCGAGUCUUUGACCAAGGACAGCACGGACACCCAGAUCAAGUGCCUUACAUUUCAGUCUGGGAGAGUUUGGCCAGAGACCCACCUACCUGGGUGAAAUCCGCACACUCCCACUCCCCUUGUCCCUGCCACUGCAGCAGCUCCUCGGCCACCAUCUUCUCUGCACCAGGCGCCAGCUGCAGUGGGACUCACGCUCCCACAGGCGCUGCUCUCAGCCCGGCAGCCUUCCCCUUGACUCGCCCUGACUGGGACUUCAACACCCCUCGUGGUAGAGAACUCCAUCUCUAUCGCCAGAUUCUCCUUGUGGGUCUCAAAGGGGCAGGUAGAUGCCCCACCAAUUUGGCUAAGGUACGUGUUAUAGUACAAGGGUCAGAGGAAACUCCGGCAGGGUUUCUAGAGAGAUUAAUGGAGGGAUACCGCAUGUGUACUCCCUUCGACCCCCAGGCGCCUGACAGGCAGGCCGAGGUCAUAAUGUCCUUCAUUGGACAAUCGGCCCCUGACAUCCACGCUAAGCUACAGCGGCUGGAAGGGCUCCAGGGGUAUACCUUGCCAGAGCUAGUAAAAGAAGCUGAAAAGAUUUUCAACAAAAGAGAGACGCCGGAGGGGAGGAAGGAAAGGCUACGCAGAGAGCAGGAGCAAAGGGAGGAAAAACUGCGUAGGGAGCAAGAACAGAGAGAGGACUUAAGAGACAGAAAGAAAAAUAAAAAAUUGUCUAGAAUCCUGGCCACCGUAGUCUCAGGGACAGAGCAGAAUAAGCCUAGGCAGAAUAGGAACCUGGGAAACAAGAGGAGGCCGCCACUGGAACAGGACCAAUGUGCCUAUUGCAAAGAAAAGGGACACUGGGCCAAGGAAUGUCCAGUCCGUGUCCAGAAGACAAAAACAUGCAAGCCUAUCCCGGUACUGUCCUUGGAAGAAGAUUUGGUGAGUCAGGGCCAGGAGCCUCCCCCUGAGCCCCGGGUAACUCUUAAAGCGGGAGGCCAACCAGUGACGUUCCUGGUUGACACAGGGGCCCAACAUUCGGUCCUUACCCAGACCAAGGGGCCUGUGAGCUCCAAAACAUCAUGGGUCCAGGGGGUCACCGGGGGAAGACUAUAUAAAUGGACUUCAGAGAGAGAGGUCCACUUAUCCACGGGAAAAGUUACUCAUUCAUUCUUGCUGGUACCAGACUGUCCAUACCCACUGCUGGGAAGAGAUCUUCUCUCCAAGGUAGGAGCCCAAAUUCACUUCCAAGAAAAGGGAGUCUCCGUUAUAAACUCAAAGGGUCAGCCUCUCCAAGGUACUGACCCUGAGAUGGGAGGAUGA